CUUCAGCUCUCCCCUCUUUCUCGAUUGUGUUGGGUCUUUCAACAGGCAUACCAAACCUCAAUCGAUACUUCGACUACUGCACAUCUCGAAACACCCAUUCCUCCCUCAACUCAGCAACCCCAAUUCUUAACAUGUCUGCAAACGAUUACUACGGAGGCGGCGGCCACAACCAGAACCAGGGAUACGGUGGACAGCAAGGUUACAACCAGGGCGGUUACGCACCUCAACAACCCACCUAUGCACAGGGCCAGCAACACCACGGCGGCGGUGGCUACCCCCAGCAGUCACAUUCUCCGUACCAACAGGGCGGUGGCUACAACGCCCCUCCCCAGCAGCAGCACGGAUACGGCGGACCCCAACAACCCACCUACGCCCAGGGCAACCAGCACCAACAAAGUUACGGCCACGACAACCGAGACAGCUUUUCCCAUAACCAGCAACAGCAACAUGGCACACCUCAGUAUGGUGGACAGUCCCAAUAUGGCGGCCAGCCUCAGUACGGCGCUGCGGCGGUGCUAUUCUUGGCGCUAUUGGUGCCAAUAAGAUAGAGCAUGCGUUGGGAGGCCGAGACGAUAAGAAGAAGCAUAAGAAAAAGCAUGGCAAGAAGGACGGGCACCGCAAGCGCAGCGGUAGCAGCAGCUCUAGCUCCAGCAGCGACUAAGAGGAUGUCUCUCACACGUCUUCAACACUUCUGGUGCAU